AUGCGAUUAUCAGUUCGGAAUGUGCACCUCCACAUUUGGUGGUGCCUUCUUCUACUUCUUCACGGUUCCAGAGUGAGUAUCAUAUUUCGUAACUUCUUCGUCAGAAUCCAAUUUCCGUUUUAUUCCCCGAAAAACAAAGAGCCCAUCCAUCUAUUUUUGAGCGUCUGACUCAUCCGUCCGGCCCGAAUUCCUCAAGGGAUCCCCUCUUAACACGUGGCAACAGCGGCCAGCCUCCAAAAAAAGCGCAUUGUUCCGUGUCACGCAACAAUGUGCUUUUUGGGGGAAAAGAAAUAGAUAUAUGCAAUUUACGCGCCUCAAUACGGAUGAUAGAAGGCCUAUUUCGACGACCGAUCCGGCGUAGGUCAGUGCGCGAAAAAGUGGAAAAAGUGAGCGGAUAGUAGCAGAAGACGCAGAUGUCAAACAGAUGUGUUGGGGACGCACUUUUGAAGUGUUUGGGACUUUUGGAAAGUUGACAAUUGGAAAAAGUUCUAGCAGAUACAGAGAGCAUGGUGCUGCUUAGCAAAUUGUGUAGUUUGUAGUCUAAGCAGGGCGGAAAGUCGGGUCUGUGUUUUCAAUUUCAUCUUCAUCAUCAUCUCCAACUUGCAUUUUCACUUUUUCAUUCAAAACUUUUGAAUUUCCAAUAGCUUCUCACUUUAUCCAAAGAUGCCACAAUGUUUUUCCCAUGAAUACCAAAGUGCAAUUGUAAAUGUUUCUAGGCAUCUGAUGAUGAUGAUUUACACGGAUUAGAAAUGGGCCUCCAGGCAGACAAAUAUCACACCCUCCUCCGUCAGAUGGCAUCCCAUAGACACUGUUUCUUCUUGCGCGCGAGAAAAAGCCGUACACACCCACGCACCCAACAUCACCAGCAGCUGCCUUUUUCAUUUAUACAGCCCCAGCCAUCAUCAAAUGGAUAUACGGAUAUACGCGCACAUUUGGAUGAUGUUUAGAGGGAGAAAAAGAAGGAGAUAAUGGAUCGGUUGACCAGUUAUUGCGUUGAAAAGCAGAAAGGGGCAUACGGCUAAGUGACUUUUUAUGUGUUCUUUCCAUUAAAAUGAUGCUUGGCAACAAAUUGAGAUUGACGAGGGAAAAAUUCCAGGUUUUUGGAAUAUUGUGAUUGAUCCAUGAUUUGGUGAUGCUUAACGAAGUGCGUAGUUUGAAGUAUAAGCAGCGCCGCGUUUGCAGACCGAAAUUGGUGCUGCUGAGACUACAAACUACUUUUUUCAUUAAGCAUCACCAAGAUUUGACCAAAUUUGCUCGCAAUUUUGAAGGUUUUCGACCCUUAUUUGAUCUCUAAAGUCACAAAGCGUAUAAUAUCCAACCCGAUAAUCUUGAUAUCCCUUGUCCAUCAGCUCAUUACCCCUUGUCAUAAUAAGUUCAUCGGAAGCCAGCGAGCCAUGAGCGCGUGCCGUCAGUCAUUCCGCGUCGGAAGCCUUGCAAGAGCCGAGGGAAGAUCAUAAAGCGCUGGUUACUAUGUGUUCUAGUGCCUCAUAAACAUAUGUACACUUGUGUGUUUCAUAUUCUGCGUCUCUCGCAACAAUCCGGGUGGUCCGCGCCUUUCUGUUGUCCUGCUUGUGCUCAUGGAGCUCUUUCUCCUCACCGGAAAUUGAAUAGUGAGACACAUAAGUGAAGUGCAAGGACCCCCCAAGGGCUUAAGGAACGAAGGGGUGAGAGAGAGAAGCGGUUCAUCUUUGAUUGUGAUUGACACGUGGAUUUGGAUUUGGAUUCAGAAGCUCAGAAGCUUUAGAUUUCUAAAGGGAACGUCUAACCUGGGAAACAAGAGGCUCUAAUUUAACGCAUCGAAUAUUCUUUUGAAAUUCUCUGAAUACGAGUACACGUGUUACCUUUUCAACCUUCCAAAGAGCCAAAAGGGGGGUACCUGGCUUCCACGGGACCUCCGAGUAACGAGAGCGCGACGUGGAACAUCUCCCCGAAGUGUAAUUCAACUCUUUUCCAUGUACAUGUUCACUUUUCGCUCUAUGGGUUACAAAUUGGUGUCAACACACUCCGGAGGGUACAAAUAUAUCAAAUGACAUGAAUAAUGUAUACCAGUACUCACUCUUUCCCCCAAUGUCGACCGGGAAGAGCGCGCGCCAAAAUUCGUCCUCAUUCCUCUUUUUGGGCCAAAAAUGAAUGGAAAGUCCAUUAAACGAAGAGCCCAUUCAAAUGGAAUGGCUACUCUACCCCAAGGGGGUCUAGAAAAAGACGGAAGGGAUUAUGGAAAUGAGGGGAACCGUCAAGAAAAAGUGAACUUUCAGGCAAAAACACUGCUCAAAAUCCCGUUGGACGUACGACCCGGAUGGCUCAUCAGCGAUCUACGUUUUCAGAAUUUGAUAUCCAAUUCUGAAACUGUCACGCUACAGAAUUCACUUUACAGUAGCCAUUUUCUAGUUGAAGAUGGCACUAGGGUACGUAAAACUUGUAGCAGCACCCGAAAACGUUACAUUUCUUCAAUUUUCCAGAUCACAACCAACACCUCAAUAUUUCAACUGCGUGGUGAGCUCUUUGAGCUCUUUCUGAAUGUACAAGAAGGAGUUUUUCACCGUCUCGUGACACUUCAUCUAUACGUGGAUCCGCCGGUUACCAAUCUGACUGGAAACGAGUUUUUGGAUAGCGUAUACAAAAGUACAGUAUACUCAUCGCAGCCGGAAGGAUCCACAGUAAUCUUCCGAAGGCCAGUCGCUGUGAGAAAUGAAAAGUUGACAAUAUCGCCGAUUACGGAUAUGAAAACGAGUCCGUUUGUGAUUUCGCCGUUCGGAAGAUCUGUCAACUUUAUGAUAAUGAAGAAAUUGGACGAAGAAGACAUUGGAAAACACGUAAUCUAUCUCGGAGCUUUCUUGAAUGAUUUGAUGGUGAGUUUUUUUGAAGAUUUUGAAACUGUAUUCCAAAGUACGUUUUAGGUAUCGCAAUCGAAAAUAAUCAUUGAGGUGUUGGAUUCGGGAGAUGCUCAUUCACUACUUGCUUCGAAAAAAUUCAAAGUCACCUUCACCAAUUCAAUUCCAGAAAACUCUACGGUCUUUGAGAUUCAGAAAAAGUGAGCCUACAAUAUCAUAUUCUAGAACGAAGCAUUUUUUUUCAGAAACCCAUUGGAGCCUCUCCUUUUCCAUCUGGAGCAACCAUCACGCUUCUUCAACUUCGACCAAUUUUCUGGAAUAGUUUCCACGUCACAAGAAAUCGGUUACGGUACUUAUCACCUUCACGUGGUUGCUAAGAACAAAGCAAAACAGGUAUAUCAUUUCUUAAAUCUUUCAAAAAAAAAACAAAGUUGUUUUUGCAGAGAUCCGAUGCCUGGCUUCAAAUUUUGGUGAAAAAAGAAGUGAACUCGGCGAAAUCGCGAUCACGACGUCACCUGGACGAUCUGGUCUUCAGAAUUAAAGAGAAUGAGACUAUGGAGGAAAUCGAGCGGAAAUCGAUGGUACUUGUGACGCAACGAUAGAUUCAUACUCAAGUACAUUUCCAGGAGAUCCCGUUAUAUCCGGGCGAGUCUGUGGGCGAGUUCAAUGUUGCGAAGGAAUGGCUGAAGAUUGACGACGCGGGACGAAUCCAUCUGCUGAAGGCGUUGAACUUUGAGAAGACGAGCUCGAUCAUCGCGACCGUGCCCAUAAAUGGUCUUCAGAAUAGUGAGUUGUUGCGCCUCUUGCCACUUCAUCAAUCACCUUUCCGAGAGAGAAAGAAGGGGGGUCUAAUUGUGAUUGAUUGGGUUGGGUGGGCUUCAACCUUUUGAAUUGAAUGGUUUCGGAUCUUGACUCUGAUGUCUAGGUCCGGGGACUUUAUUCUAGCAAUAUAAAUAUGUAGUUACUUUGUGAGUUGUGUGUGAGAUUUGUGAGUUUUUGUCAGGUUUGUUAAGAAAAAUACAAUAUCGCUUUUCGAGUCCUCGAGUCCUCAGUGAAACGCUUCUCUAUGAACAUUUCUACAGCUCCUCGUGUAACUUUUCCAAGUGGCAGAUGGCUACCAGAUCUUCUUAUGACGCUUUGGUUCCAUCACGGAAUUUGAGCUAAUCAAAUCUGGACGCCAGCCGGAUGUCUUCUCUCUCAGUUAGAGGUCGGCAAGCCUCGAGGGACCACCGCUGACUGCAUGAUGAUGCGAAGAAGGAGCCUAACAUAAUUACGGAAGCAUCCCCUUCGGAGAAGAGAUGGAAGGGGCUACUCAGAACCCGAUCUCUAAUUGAUAUGGACUGACGUUGACUGGCUGAGAAGACAAAAGGAAUCGAGUUAGGCAAAGGGAUUAUCUCAACAUUGACCAUGAAGUUUUAUGGCGCUGCUUAGCGAAAUUUUGUAGUUUGUAGUGUAAACAGCGCCGAGUCAGGAGAUCUAAAAGGUGCUGCUGAACAAAUCUUCCAGAUUUCCGUUCUGUCGAAGUCACUGGAGCCCAUAAAUCCGGCUCCGUCUUUCUCAACCGUCAAUUUCUGUCAUCCAUCUCCUUCCCGCCCGAAAAUAGAGGGUGCACUGGCUCCAAUUAAACGGUGCCUAACGGUGACACUUGCCACCCAAUUUAUAAAGUAGCCACCACGCUCUCGUCGCUCGCUGCACUCCUUUCACCAACACCAAACCGACUGAGCAGAUGUUUUCUCUGAUGCAAGUGACACCUCAUCCAAUUCAUCGGAUUACUCACUUGAUCCGUGAGCUUAGUGAAAAUGGAUGCACAAAUGAGGAGAGCCGGUAGAUUUGCGCUGAGGCUCACCACCCAUGAUAAAUUGGCUUAUGUCGUUCAGAACAGCAUACGGGCGCGAGCGAAGAAGGACAAAACAUGCGCAGAUUGUGUCGGUGGGAUUCCCCUUUUUGCGUUGAAUUUCCGCCGCCGACACCACUACCAAUUCUGCAUAAUCUAUUGCGGAGAGUAAUGAGCACAAUUUAGGAAAGAUCCGGAGAGCACACCGGGGGGUCGUUUUGGUAUGCAAACGGGCAUCGGAAAAAUGUUGGUGCUGCUUAACGCAAUUUCUUUAGUUUGUAGUUUAAGCAGCGCCUUUUCCGGUCUGCAGGGCGCAGUGCUGCUGAAACUACAAAAUACAAAGCAUCGCUAAGCAGCACCAUAAGUUUGAGUGGAUUUAACAACUGGAUAACCUGCAAAGUACCUCCUAAUGGCGCACAAUCUGUCACAUAUCAAACUUUCGAACUUUUUCAAUCUGCCACCUCUUCCGUCGGCGUCUUUUCCUGCACUCCUCCUCUCCCUCUCUCUCUCCGAAUGGUCCGAAAACACUAGAGCAUAUGCCGCUCCGCUCACGCGCGCAUAUUCAUAAGUGAAAGCAUAUGGAAAGGGACUGACAAACCAAACACAAAAGAUAAACAGAGAAUUGUGGAAAACGGAUGAUUUUAUUCAAAAUUGGGAUCAUUGUAAGGGACUAAUACGUCAUCUUUGAUGGUUGGUACCGCGUGACCUCCUUGUAAUCGGGCUCCGAGAGCUCGCACAUUAAUGGGCACCUGAAAAAAUGAUUUGAAAUGAAAUGAGUUGAUCAACUCACAGUUUUCAAAAGUUUUGGAAAUAGGCAAACGUGCUGAAACAUACACUCUUUUCGCAAAUUUUUGUAAACUCUCUGUUCUGUUCUUUCCAAAAAUUUUGAACUCACCGCAGAGUGCACAAAGCCACCGCCAUUCGGAGAAUUCACUUCAAUUUGAAGAUUGGAAAUCUCUUCAGAAGAAGUGUCGGCAAGCGCCAGAAUAAGCAGAAAAGACAAAAGAAAAAGCUGACGCAUGUUUCUGAGUUCACAAAAAGGGAAGAAGAAGAACGCUAACUAAUAGAAAUAGGAGUGACCAAACAAACACACUUUCGGUUAUUAUCAAAUUAGUCAUCUCAUCUAGUUCUCUAAACCCAAAUAGCAAGUUUUUUUGGUGGCUGAUAUGCAACACGCAACAUAACGCAAAAUAUCACAUGAACAUUACAAACUUUCUUGUUUUUUUUUCAGGCCGUGCCCAAACCAUUCGUAUCAAUGUGGAUGACGUGGAUGAGGCGCCGAGUUUUGUGAAUUCUCCACUCCCGAUGCUUGCCGUCGUGCCGCUGAAUCCGACGAUCGGACGAAUUGUCUAUCAGUUUGUGGCCCGGGAUGAGAAGGGCGACGGAGAUUCGAACGUUUUGUACAAGGAAAUUGAUGUGAUACGUGGGAACCUUUCCAGAUUUUACCCUAUUUUGCGAGGUAUUGUUUCAGCCGCCGGCUCAUUUGUCGUUGAUCCAAAGUCUGGAGUCGUCCGAACCGGUUGGAGCAAGUACGAACGCGGAGAGACUUAUCGAGUGUCCGCCCAGGCGAUCGAUAUCUCACCAACCGACAAUUUCACGUCACAAGUGUCAGAAGUGGCGAUUCUGGAGAUUCUCGCCGACGAACGACCGCCACAGUUUGCGAAACAGGAGUAUGAGGUGGCGGUGUCGGAGGAUAAUCUCAUUGACUACAGGUACGUUUUGAUAAAUGAAUCUUCGACAAACAUUUCGUUUUCAGUGUGGUUGACGUAAAAGCCCAAUCGUUCCGGAGCAUAGAAGACGGACGGUCGAAAGGGGCCAUCGUCUACUCUCUGGACGGCGAGUCUUCGGAUGAAACAAAGUGGUUCCGAAUAGAUCCGAGCAGUGGAAUCGUCCACCUGACAAGAGAAUUGGAUUAUGACGAUCCGGCUCUUCCGAAAUCGCACAAAUUGGUGGUGACAGCUCGCGAGGACAACCGCGAAAGCCAUGUGGAUUUGACGAUUCGAAUUUCGGACAUUAACGAUAACGUUCCGACAUUCACACGUCCACUUUAUACUGCUCAAGUUCGUGAAGACAUUCCAUUGAAUCAAACCAUUCUGAAAGUGACGGCAAUCGAUAAGGAUUCGGGUGAAAACGCGAGAAUUCUGUACACGGUUGACAACCAGAACUUUUCCAUCAAUGAAAACGGAGAGAUCUCGGCAAUAGUACGUCUGGAUGCGGAUCAGUUGAACGAAAGACACUUUGUCUAUCGGUUCAACGUCACCGCCCGAGAUCACGGAAAUCCGAGUCUGCGGAGCACUGCCAUGGUUCAUAUUAGGACGGAGAAUACGAACGACGAGAGUGCCGUCUUCCUGCCGACAAGCCAUUACACUGCUUUUGUGGCCGAAGAUGCUCAGGGAGGAACGCCGGUGAUUCAGAUUCAGGUACAUUUGAAAAUGUUUUGAAAUAGUUAUUACAUUAACUUUUUAGGCCCGCGACGCCGAUCGAGAUGAGGUUACCUAUUCAUUCAUGGAUAAAAACGAACGAUCGAUUCAAACGAUGAACCUUUUCACAAUUGAUCAGCACACCGGACUGGUCAAAUUGAGGCACGGAGUGUCGCCAGUUGAUCUGGCAGAAGCCGAGAAUCCGAUUAACAUGACGGUAAUGGUCCAGGACGACGGAUCGUGUUGUGUCUAUCCGAGUGUCACGCACACUUCCUUCGCAACUCUUCUCAUCGGCAUCGAAGACGUCAACAACAACAAACCAGAGUUCCCGGAGUGUGCCAAGUACAGUGAAAUUGCCAAGAUCAUGGAGGGAACGUACAAAUCGGAUCCGCCGACGAUUGUGAAGGUUCAGGCGACGGAUGAUGAUUCUUCGGCCAACGGAGAUAUUGUCUAUUCGCUGUAUUACACGCAGUCGGAGAGUCGGAAAGCAUUUGUGAUCGAUCGACACUCUGGAGUUUUGACGCCUUCACCACACGUUGUAUUUGAUAGGGAAGCGAGGCCGAGAGAGGAUGUUACUGUCAAGGUAAGCAUUUCAUUAUUAAACCCAAUAUUUGGCAUUGUCAAAAUUUUCAGGCGACAGACCGUGGAGACCGUCCUCUGAUCGGAUUCUGUCAAUUCUCGGUUGAAGUCGUCGACGUCAACGACAAUGCGCCACAAUUCGAACGUCCCUCCUACGAGUCCUCGGUGUCCCGAUUCGAAGCGGUCGGCACUUCGGUCAUCACCGUCUUCGCCUUCGACAACGACGCCGCUCACAACGCCGAAAUCUCCUAUUCGUUGGAAGUGGACACGACCGCUGGAGAGGAGCAUGCGAACGACGUCGAAUUCUUCGAACUGGUCAACAGAAGAUCCGGAGAAAUAACUCUUGUCAAACCGAUUCCCAACCAGAAAUCAAAGUUCAGUUUCAACGUGAUCGCCGAUGAUAACGGAGUGCCGGAGCCGCUUUCUUCGGUCGCUCAGGUCGUGCUCAAUGUCAUGGAUAAAGAGCACAAGGCGCCGAAGUGGCAGAGCAGUCCCGAGUGUAAAAGUGUGAUCACUGUAGCGGAGAAUGUCGAAAUGAACAAAGUGAUACUCCGUUGUCGCGCGGUUUCUGGCGAUGGCUCCUCGCGGAGCAGUGAGACCAUUUACAAACUGUCGGCUUCCGGAGGACCCAACUCGAAAGCCGAGUCGAAAUUCCGACAAUUCAACAAGUUUGAGAACGGCAAUGAGUGGGUAGAGGUGGCGAUAAUGGAAGGAUUGGACUACGAACAAGUCAACAACUACACUCUGACCCUGACCGCCACUGAUAUGACGUCACGCGUGGCUUCCACAAAGACGUUCGUGGUCGAAGUGAAGGAUGUGAACGACGUGGUGCCGCAGUUCACAGUCGACCUCUUCACAGGUACUAUUGACGAAGAGAUGACGCCGAAUGAGUACUUGGAAAAGUAGGGAUUAUUGUAAGUAGAAUGUAGAAAAUCGUUUGAAUGCCAGAAUGCACGGAAAGCCAAUCGUGACUGUGAAAGCCAUUGACACUGACUCGGAUGGUCCGCAGAAUGAGGUUCACUAUCGGAUAGUGGGAGAAGCGAAUGGAGAAGAGACGAAACAUUUUCGGAUUGAUGAACUCACUGGAGAGAUUUUUCCUAACGAAAAGUGAGUGAAUCUGAAUACUGUAUCUGUGCCACGGCUUCAGAUGUCUAAAAAAUGCAAAUUUAAACUCAACCUUUCCAGAUUUGACCGCGAAAAAGUCGACAUGUACAUUUUGACGGUAGAAGCCAGCGAUCGCUCGAUGUCCGCGCUUCCAGGAGCCAACGGACCGAAUAAAGGUAAUUCCAAAAAAACGCGGAUUCAAAUGCCACGUCAUAACUAUUGUAGACAAUGUGAAAGUUCAAAUUGUGAUCAAUGACGUCAAUGACAACGCGCCAUCUUUCGAGGAGAGCAAGUACAUUGGAAGGGUCAAAGAAUCGGAAGGAGAAGGGCAUGAUGCCAUAACCAUUAAGGCUCAUGACCUGGAUAAACGUGAGAAUUGAUAUUGCAGUCUCUUUAAAGCCAAAAUAGUUCCACUUCAGAUUCCAAUCUUCGAUAUCAUUUGGUUGGCGCUGGUGGCGGAAGAAUUCCAUUCGGAGUCAGAACGGACAGUGGAACGAUCUUUGUGAAGGAGCCGCUGGACUUCGAGACCGCCGAUCAAUACCAUCUGAUGCUCAUCGCCUCGGACGGACGUCACAAUGCGACCACUAACGUCUACAUUCACAUUGAAGACGUCAACGACAACGCGCCGAUGUUUGAGCAGCAGAAGUACGCGACGACGGUCGUCGAGGAGGAUGUGGACGUUCCUAAGGUUCUGUUCAAUGUCCGAGCGACGGAUGCGGAUCAGGACGAGAAGAGCAGCAAGAUUGUCUACAGAUUGGAGGGGCAGGGAGCCGAUGAGGUGUUCAGAAUCGGAAGGUAUUCGGGAACGAUUGAACUGAUCAAACCACUGGACAGAGAUCCGCCGACCGGAGUUCCCUCGUGGAAUUUUGUGGUUCAGGCCAUUGACGAUGAUGGAAAUGGGCUUGUUGGAUACGCAGAUGUUCAGGUAAUCUUAUUCAAAAAUAUGAUCACAACCUGUCAAACCAGAUCUGAAACCUUAUCAAGCAUGUCUGACGCUUCAGCAUGACAUAUUUUUAAGCUAAACUACAGAAUCCAUACUUCUUUUUUUCUAGGUGAACGUCCGUGAUAUCAACGACAACGCUCCGAUUUUCCCGGAAAGGCUAUUCGGUUUCAUCGAAGAGAACCGCGAGCCAAUUCGUGAGUUUUUCCACCUGGACCUAAUAUCAACACUGUAUAAUUCCAGAUUCCGACGGUGUGUACUUCAUGGACGUGCAGGCGAGAGAUUUCGACGAUCCGACGACAGAGAACGCAAACAUCGAGUACACAAUAGUCAGGAACAAGCUGAUAAAUGGAGAGCCAGUUUUCCGAAUAGAUCAGAACUCGGGCAAAAUCUUUGCAAUGGUAACCUAGCUCAUUUCGAACGCAUUUUUCAAAACACAAGUACUUUUCAGAGAAGUCUGGAUCGUGAAAUCGCGUCGGAACGUGAAUUCAUAAUAGAAGUUCGGGCGAACGAUCGUGGCGUUCCGUCGCGUGAGGGAUUCGCGAAUGUGACCAUCAAAGUGAUGGAUAUGAACGAUAACGCGCCGUUCUUUGAGAAGGUUUGAGAGAAGAUAUUAUAGAAUUCGAGAAAAAAGGUUUCAGACUCGAUACGAAGGUUCCGUGGAGGAAACUGCUCCCGUCGGAGCCGCCGUCAUGAGCUUCUCCGCUUUUGACGCCGACAUCGAAGCAAAGGACAACGUUUUCACUUACCAAUUGGCCGAAGAAUCGGAAUACUUUUACGUCACCACUGACAAGGAUUCUCAGCAAUCGUCUGUUGGAGUUUUGAGAGUGAAACAGGUAUGUUGAAUGUUUUUUUUCUUAAUUUGACACAAGGUAUGGGUAAAAAAAUGCACUGGGUAAGUUCGGAUGAUGAUCUUGUUCUUGUUCUUUCAUUGCCACGUCAUCUUUUUUAUUCCAAUUCUCGUCGAGGACAAUUAUUUUCCAUAAAUCUCCUUCUAGACAGUAAAUACAGAAAUUUCGAUACUAAUCGGUCCUGUUUCCCAAUUCCUCCUCUGUUUUCAAGGCCUUUUGGUCAACCAGCUGUCUAAUUGUUCGUCAUGAAUUCUGCGAAACUACAGUAAUAAAUCAUCGUGAGCACUUCCUGGCAGCCUUAUUAGAAAUUCCAAUUUUUGUGAGUAAAGAUCCACUAUUCGGCCACUUAUUGUCCUUAGAAUGAAGCGAAAUUCAUCCAGAAGUGGAUAAUAAUGAAUAAGUACAACUUUUUAUGAUCGUCAUCAUUCUUUCAUUAUCCUUUUCCUUCUUUUCUUCUUCAUUUUCCCGAAGCUAUUUUUUCUUUUUCAAGUAUCCGCCCACAACAAGAAGACGUUCUUUUUCUAGCUUCAUCAUCCCCUUCACGUCUUCUCUUUUUUCCGAAAACGCAAAAAAACGGGAGAAAUGAAUGAAUUUCGUAUAGUUUGUGUAGAGUUUUAGCGGUCGAGCCUCAUUUGCAUUCUUCCUCUCAUCACAAUUUGUUUAUUUUCGAAGCUUCUACAUUUAUGCACAUUUUCAUUUUUCAAUGCCAAAUUUGGGAUGUAAACUAAAAUGUGUAGAUUUUGUAGUUUGUAGUCUAAGCAGCACCAAAUAUACUAAAUUUUAGAGCUGCUUAGACUACAAACUACAGAAUCUCGGCAAGCAGCACGAAAAAGCACUGGUCUGCAAGUAAAAACUUUAAGAAAAAUUAUGUUGAUUUCGAGAACUUUUCUAGAAAAGUCGUGCUCAGCAUUGAUUACCCAAACAUUGUUUCAACAUCACGACGUCACUUGUUGUAGUAGUCCACCAGACUCCCUGGUAUCUGGCGGCCGUCUAUUGUUGAUCUCCGUGAUUGCGGAUUGCACAAAUCGACCCGAAACCCCAUCAAAAACACCUCACUCUGUCAUCACAUGUCUGUUCACACCAAUUGCCCCCCUUCCACAGAUGCGUGGCUCCAAACUUUCUGUGGCUCGAGGUCACUUUUUACGACACACUGACCCUUGUCUGCGACUCUCCAACUCGUUGGCUCUGACUAGUUCAAUAUUUUCGCGCUCAUCUCAUCUUACUCACUUUUCUGCGGCGGAGAAGUUCUAAUUACUCACCCACCCCUCCUAAAAACGCCAGAUGCAUCCUCGCCCCUACGCAUUCCUAUUUUCUCUGGUGUCCACCAGCUUGCACACACACCGCACACUUUAUAGUAGGUUAUAAAUCAACGGAAAAUUUGUAAAAUGAAAAAAUCUGAGAACAACUGCCGCCUCGGACCGAGCAACAUGUCCAACCCCUCUAUUAUCCAUACACUUUUUUCCCGUCGUCUUUCUCACACCGCCACGAUCAUCGUGAAUCACCACCGGCCAAGAGAUCGGAUCUCUUGAAUGAGAAUGCUGCAGGCGGACUGAAUCACCACCGAGAAAAGUUAGAAUCCUAGGAGGCGUGAUGGAAAUGUUUUCCGCGGUGGCGCUGAUUUCAUCUCGAUUCUCGCUCCAUUCGAUCCAAUCGUCUUACAAUCUACACGGCCUUCCCCCCAUCCAUCCUCUGUGUUCCUUUUGGCCGAAUUCGUUGACUUGGAAACUUUCCUCACUUUGUCAUUUCAUUUUAUGGUCUGGAAACUGUUUGAAUAGGGAAAAGUUAAAGUAAAGACUACGAUCUAGGUCACAUACAUUCACUUCUCCAUUUUCGCUUCUAUACACAGUUUAGAUUUAGAAUUCCAAAUACUUUACUAUCAACUGUCUAACUUCUUCUUUUACUUCAAAACUGCUUCUGUCCCAGAAAUUUUUCAUUUUUAUUCUAUUUGAAAGUCCAUACUAACAUUUUCUCAUCCUCGGUGGCCGCAAAAAUCUGAGCCAAGCGCUGGGAUUUCGUAUUUCCGGGCGGCGGAGCUCACACACACACACACACAAACUUUGAUGAUUAAUGGUUUUACACGGACAUAGUACAGCCACAAAACAAACUUUUUGGCAGCAAUUCAAAACUUUUCGUGCCUUCUUCUUCUUCUUUUCCCACCACAACUUCUUUCUCUUUGAUGCGAUUUUGACGAGCUCCCAAGAGAGAGGGAACGUAUAGAAGGUUCUUUUCAUUCAUCCCCGGGCCGACGAAAGUGCCGCGCACUUCUCUUUUCCCUCUCUCUCUGAAGUCCAAUAUUAUUUUUGUUUUGUGUAGGCAACAAGUUAGAAUAAAAAGCACAGCUGGAUAUCUUUCACUUCUUCUUCUUUUGCUUCUUCGUCCACCAAUUCCGAAUGACGGCGGAUCCACGAUAAGCCAGUUUUGGAAAUGGAAUCGAGAAGAAGAGAUUAUAGCGAACGAUUAUGACCUCUUAUUGUUUGGCGUCCAAACGAUAACUAUGCGAGAAUCAUCCGAGUGGCUAUCACUUUUCCCAUUAUCAUUUAUUCGAAUGCUUCAUGUACAGUAGUGGAAGAUUGCCCGACUUUCUUGUCCCAAAUGAGUUUUAGUUGCGAAACGUCUGAAAAUUUAGUUUCUGAAUCCAUUCCUUUGUUCUAAAGUUUGUAGUCUAGGCAGCACCAAGCAGAAAAAUUCGGCGCUGCUUAGACUACAAACUAAAAAAUCCCGCUAAGCAGCACCGCAAAAAUCCUCUUACAUGCAUUUUCCUUUUACCAGUAACGAAACUUCUUCAAGUCAGAACGAAAAUCUCAAGAUGAUCCGCCUUGAGCCGCCUGUUUCUCGGGCUAUCGGCGCCCGUGCGUCGGCUGCCCCGAAAAAGACGAAACUCGAUACCAAAUACGGUGCAACACAAGACGAGUUUCAUCUCCUUCCCCUUCUUCUUCGUCUUCGUUUUCAAUCACUUUUUUUCUAUUAGCGGGGAGGAAACAGGAUGCUCCUCGGAUGCUCGGGGCUAAGAGAUCUCUCCAAAGCGAAAGCUCGUUUGAUUGACUGAUUUAUGAGGUGCCUUUCGCGAUUCUUCCGCCACCUCGGAAAGAGGGGGGGGUCUCGAUGACCCUUUUUAUUGUCUUUCUCGCACUCGACCAACCACAGCCACAGUCAAUUGUUGCCAACUGUCCUUCCUGCCUGCCUUCCUUUCGGUCUUUUCUUCUCACCUCCAAUCACAAUUAGUUUCUCUAGUUUGCCUCGUUUUUUGGUGCGGACGGUAUGUAAUUAAAAGCGCGGAGGUUUCUUUUUUCGACUACUGUAGGUAUCGUCCGCCAGCUGCUGGCUGUCCUCCUCUUCAAAGACAAAAAACUCGAAAAAGAACAGGGAAGAAUGGAGAAUAGGCAUGAAAAGCCAACUGGUUUUUGCAUUCGGCCAUCCAUCCUCUUCCACAAGCCAGAAGAUCAUUUUGGUUAGGAAUUUGGGUCCGAUGAGAGGAUUUCUGAGAACAAUACCUCUUUUUUAUGAGUACUCAAGAGAACUGGUAGGAAGACUAGGUCAGAGGUUUACCUUCUUUACCCGCAAAACAAAACAAUACAGUCUCGGAUUUCAUUGCUAGCAAAUUGUUUUUGCUAUAGGGAAAGUCAUGUUAACUACCAUGCUUUAGGAAUCAAAUUUCUGAUGUACAUAGGUAGACCUGAAUCUUUUACCCAGAAGUUCUAUAAAAAACUGAAGAGAAAGUUUUGCAAUGAUUUUCAAAGAUUUUAAAAGCAGUCUCAUUUUAGUGCUGCCUAACGAGAUUUUGUAGUUUGUAGUUUAAGCAGCAGUACAUCCGAAGCGUGGUGGGAUGGUGAAUCUUUGCCUUUGUUUUCCGCAAGACCUCCACCUUUCGAAGUGCUAAAUCGUUGCCACCUAUUUGACGAUCAUGUAUUACUAUCGUGCUUAUCGUAUUUUCACCUAUUUUGAUCAAAAUCUUGAAAAAAAACACUCUUUUUUCUUUGAUCUGAUACCGACUGUCCUCUGAAACACGAGAACUAGGUCAACUAGCGGUUGAGACGGAGGCAAAGAGGCAUUGAUGCGCAAAUUGAAUCAUUUUGCAACACUCGUGAACAAUUGUAAUUAGUCUCACCGACUAAUUCCUCUAGUUCUUCUUUCCGAACAUCUUCCACCUAUCUACACUUCCCUCCUCUCAAUUGAAAGUGCAAUAAUGUUUGGCAAUUAGGCCUAGUGGGUUGGCGGUUGCAUGCCUUCAGCACAUCAUUCAUUCUUUUACAAGUAGGCACCCUCUGCGCUUCUUCUCCAGGAGAGGAAGCACAAAAAACACGAGGAGGGGAGGAGGAGGCGCGGCCGGGCAGCGCACUCAAUGUACUGGUCAUUCUGCUUCCUGUCAUGUCAACAUUGAGUCAGUCAUUCGGUCCGACUGCUCUGCUUUUGCGGAGUCUCUCUCUCUCUCUCUCUCUCUAUGUGUUUAUUCGCGGUUCACUCAUUUUUUGGCUUCUCAUCGGAAACCAAGGGAGUUGUUCGAUUCACUCCGGCUCUCAAUGAAGAGCCUUUUGAACCUAUUUCUCACUUGAAGAGCCUUCGGGCUUUCAAGGACAAUGACCAGCUUCGGACAGCCUUCUCUCGUCACAUAGAUUUUUUUGUAUUGUCCUGCCCAAUCUCUAGUACCUAUUGUUCGCUUGCUCAUUCUCUCGUUCUCAUACUCUUUUUGUUUUAGCCACGUCACUUUUUGAUCGGUACAAAAUUGUGAGUCCGGGUUUUACCUUUCCUAUAGGCUCCCUAUUAUAGUAGCUAAAUUUAUUGCCAACUAUUUUUUGUCUUGAACUUGACGGAUUGUAUUAAGAAUUCACAAAGUUUGAUUAUAAACCAUCUCAUGAAGCGGAUUUCUGAGCAUUUUGCAACCAAGCCUGCAAAUGUUUCCUGAUCUCUGAGUACCUCUUUUGAAAUUAUGAUAAGUUUAGUUGCGAACUGUCUAUCAAGCUUCAAUAAUAUUACCUAAGAAGACAAAAAAGGAAGAACAAACAUGUAUUGUUGUAUUGAAUGUGCUGUGAAUGAGAAAAUGAUCGAUACGCCAAAAAAGAGCACAUCACCCGUGAGUGACUCAUCACUUUCCGACCGACCUCCCACCGAUAGUGGCGUAUCGAUAUUGAAACGAAUAUAUAAAGGUGAAAGAAAGAGCGAGAGGGAAAUGUUUGCUCAUGCCCACACAUCUUCGCUUGACGUUCCAUCCAUGCAUCGGUGCGCUUUUGACGAAACAUUUCUAAACCUUUUCACUUUUUUUCUUAUAAUACUAAAUAUAUUACAUGUCCAGACAUACAAAUCCUGCCCUCCUCCCUGAUCUCUUCCAUUCGAUUUCUCCCCGAUGAUUUGAUGUCCGUUCAAUUUGAACGGCAAAUGCGUCAUUACGUUGUUCGCCUUCUUCUUCUUCUUCUUCUUCUUCCAAUCCCUCCCUCCAGGUGUCGUUUGUAUGUUUUGCCGUUCGUUCUGCACACACGCACACACUUGUAGUACACAGUUGUACCAGCCCAACCUUUCUUUUGACUCAUCUCUCCCCUUUUUUAUCCGUAUUUUCCACACCUUUACCGGCAAUUCUUUCCUCGGAUGAGUCAGCUCCUUUUCGGGUCGCCGCCCGUUUUUUCUCCAUUCUUUUCCGCGACAAACCAUGAAAAGUGGACUUGAACAUUUGUUUUGGUGACCUUGUACAAUUUUAGACAAAAUUUCAUAAAAUUCAUAGGGCUGCUUAGCUAAUUUUGAAGUUUGUAGUCUAAGCAGCCCGAAAGUUGUCGCUGGCGCUGCUUAGCUAAUUUUGAAGUUUGUAGUCUAAGCAGGCCGAAAGUUGUCGCUGGCGCUGCUUAGAAGAAAACCGUCAAAAUCUCGCUAACCAGCCUAAAGUUUGGUUGGUUAUCUAUACAACCCACAUUUUUGGGGAAAUUACUGUACAUUUAGUAUCAUUUUCCCAAGCCCAUUUCGAUUCAACUAUAGUACAUCACAUACAUACCAAUUUCAAUUUGCACUCAGUCCAAUCGCGCAUUUCAUUUUUCUUUUCCUACUUCCCGGCGACUCUUUUUGCUCCUCCUUUUUCCUAUUUUACGCCUAUUUUGAGCAUACAAAGUGAGCAGGAGCAGAAGCAGAAGAAGGAGAAACGGGUGUAUGCUCUUCAUUUUAUUGGGUAUAGGGACUACUCUCUCCCACUCUUUUUGAUUUUAUUUUCACGGCGAUGGGCACAGGAGGGAAAACGAGUGUGAAGUAUUUAGAGCGACCAAACGAGUGUGUCAGAAGGAGAGGAAGAAGCACUUCUGAUUCUCACCUUUAUUCGAUUUUGUUCUCUUUUGAAGAAGCGCCGCCCGUUCCCUUUUUAUUUUACGAUGGGAUCCACGUGUUCGUUCUGAAGGUGAAGGUCAGCUAGUCUAGAGAUUGUAUAUUCGAAAUUUUAGUCCCCUUUGAGUUACUUGUAGGGCACUUUCAUUCCGCUCGAGUAAGUAAUAAUGUCUCAAACCUUUUUCCGAAAAAUUUCUCGGCUGACCACUCUCUUUCUCUCUCCCUUUCUUUUUCUCACGCAAACAAAUUGUGGACGCGCAACAUAAGAAAAAAAUGUCUUGGAGAAAGAGGAAAAUCCCGUGUUUGAGCUCCACGAGGCUCGCCGGCUCCGCUGCUCAUCCACUCGAGCCUCCCGUGUCCACUUGAUAAUAUAGCAGUAACCAGCCGACCUUCUUUUCUUUCUUUUUCCCGCCUUCAAUACGCACCGGUAGCCGAGUAGCGGUAUCCUUGAGCGGACGGUUCUAUUCUUCUUUUUUUUUCUAUUGUAGUGGUCCCGAAGCGUUUUUUUCGGCUGUUUUCCGGCGUUUUUUUCCUGAGCAGACCGAAACUUUAGUGCUGCUUAACGAAAACGUGUAUUUUGUAGUCUAAGCAGCGCCAAACUUGCAACUGCUACACGCAACUUGACCAGAUUUGAGCGAAAUUCCGCCUUCCGCUUUCCACUUUCCGCCGCUUUUUUCAUUCCGCCUCCGCUUUCCGCCUUCCGUCAAAAAAAUUUUUAUUCCGCCUUGCUUUCCGCCUUCCGCCUUUUCAAAAAAUCGAUUCCGCUCAACUCUGAAUUUGACCCUUUUGCUUGCAGUUUGAGAGCAUCUGGAGCAGUCAGUUUUUCUCCUUACUCCCUUCUAUUUUUUCUUCUGAUGCGUGCCGUCUUCUCGACGCCUCCUAACAAGAUUCCCUCUUCGCCUUUUCCCGCCGCGUCGCCUAUACUUUUACCCGUCCCUCCGGCAAGCAUUACAGCUGUCUUUUCUCUUCCAUUUUCUUCUCUUCUUCCCGACGAUCAUCAUCAUCAUAGUCGUCGCCGUCGUUUUCCUCCUUAUUCCCUGACGGCUCUUUUCAGCUAAAGUUUGGUAGGCCGCGCGAAUGUUCUUCAGAGAGAUGAAGAAGUGAAUGAGUGAGAAAAUCGCGCAUAUUUAGUAUUAUCUGUGUGGUCAAAGAGGCAAUUCUCACGCUAGAAACCUUACGCUUUCCGCUUUUAGCCCAUUUCACUUUCGUCUUUUCUUUCGUUCACAAGUGCUCUCCGCUUUGAAUUCGUUUUUCGCGCGUAAAGCUGAAAGCGGAGGACUAGAAAUUCGUUGGCGCGCAAUCUCGACCGCAUGCAUUUCCAGCUGUUUUUUUCUCGAGCGGAAAACGAUAACUUUCAAAUUUCACGCUCUUUUUUGUCGUUUACAGUAAUUUUAUCGGCAUGUUUUGCGUGACAGCUGUCUUUUGCCUCCUUUUCUUUCCGAGAAAACCACACCCAACUGGUUUGACAGCCGAUUGGAGCCAAUCCAUCUCAAUAAUGUCCUCGGACAGCGGAGAGUGUGAGCGCGCGCGCGCAGACGUAAAAAACGGCCUCCAAACCGAUUAGCGGUGUCGUUACCCUUCCCAUUUCUCUGCACCAUUCGUUCUCUCUGCGUCUCCGGCUCUUUUCGCCUGUCUACCUGUGCACUGCACCAUUCAUUCCGCCCGCCAGUCACCUUUUCGUUCCUCUCCAUUCUCUCUCUCUCUCUCCCUCGCUCCUCUUUUGCCUCGGAGGGCCUGUGCGCGUACUAUCCGUCGUCGCCGGUCAUCCGUCCGCGCGCGGCCAGCACGCUCUCUUAUUUCUUACCUUGGAGGUGGGCGGAGACUUUGCGUCCACUUCUCUCGGCCGUCUCUUCACGCUCGGACACUCUCUCGCCGGUUCACGUCUGUGCGGUCUCCGUGGUCGCGCGUGUUCCCUCGCUCGCGCAUCCGAGUCGAUCCUCUUCCGUCUUGCACACUCUCUCGCUCCUUCUCCUGCUUUCACGUUUACAUUCGCCAUUCAUCCCAAAUCCUUUACGAAAAGUUUGGAUUUAUUAUGCUGAAACUUUUUUUGUCCUCAUUCGUCAUCGUCAUCAUCACCCUCUCACUUUUUGCGAAUAAAUCGGCAUUUAAUUCGGAGGGUACAAAAAUUAGGGGGUACAACAGGGUACAAAUUGUUUUGGGGUACAAAAAGUCGAGGGUACAAAAUUUUCGAUUCUAGGGUACAAAGAUUUACCGAUUCAGUAAGCAUUGAUUAAGGGGUACAACUUUUAUGAUUUAAGGGUACAAAUUUCACCAUUUUUGGUACAACAAUUUUUUCCCCAUUUUUUCAUGGGCAUCAAUUCAGUGAAUGUUUUUAGUUGUUUCACAAAAUUUUUUUACUCCGUGAAUGUUUUGUACUCCGAAUCGCUUGAUAAGUUCCAGAGAUGUUUUUUAAAUGAGAUUUCAUGACCCUUCGAAGCGUUUUGCUUCCGAUAGACAGUGGUUCAAACGGCGACCCCUUUGUUAUUAUAGGGGCACCGAACAGAAAGGGCGCUCUAUUAAUAAACUUUUUUGCAGUGCAAAUUGAGUGAGCUCGGGGCCGAGUUUGAAAAGUUAGGCCACGUUUUCAGUGGAAAAUUACUUCGCGGACUAGAAAUUCGGCCAGAUUGCGAACAGAACGUCCUUUCUAUUCGGUGCCCCUAUAAUAUUACUUACAAGUUGUUUUGCUGUUUUGGCCCCUUUAAAUUCUGCAAUUUCACAGCAGAAUUUCAUCAUCUGAUGUUGUGUGUGAAAUUUACCCAAGUAAAGUUUUUUUCUCGAAAUGACACAAAAUACUGCAUAAAACAAAGCAUGGAUACACACGACUGUGUCUCGUGAGCUCUCAAAAAUUCAAAACUGGAAUGAAAACUUCGAAAAUGUGCUUCGUGCAACUUUUGUACCCCAAAAUCGUGAAAUUUGUACCCUUAAAUCAUAAAAGUUGUACCUCUAAAUCAUUGCCUACUGAAUCGGUAAAUUUUUGUACCCCAGAAUCGAAAAUUUUGUACCCUCGACUUUUUGUACCCCAAAACCAUGUAAGUUGUACCCCAAAACCAUUUGUACCCUGUUGUACCCCCUAAUUUUUGUACCCUCCGAAUUAAAUGCCGAAUAAAUCCGCUUUAACUUCAUCUCGUCCCGCCCUUCCUUUCACUUUCAUCUGUUCUCGAUAUGUGUCAAAUGCAAAUUAUUCAAAUUUUUGCACCUGUCAAGUCUCGUUUUUUUUUGUUUCCGCUGCUUCCUCUCUUCCCCCUCCUCCUUCUAAAUGUUCGUUUUCAGUGUAGUGUGCGUCUAACGCAAAAGACGGCCUAGCCGCAACUCAACGAGCAAGAUCAUCAUCCAGACAAGAAGACUCAAAAAGUGCCUUUUCCCAUACCCAUACCUAGUGUCACCCCAAUAGAGCCCCCCUCCACUAACCAUACAUUCUAGCCACUGGACUUCGAAGACGACGUCCAGCGAGACGGAUUCGAUCUUCGAUUACGCGUCUCCGACGGCCGACACGAUGCCGAAGCGGCGGUGCACGUGGCACUCGUCGACAGAAACGACCACGCACCUAUCAUCCAUGGAGCCACUGAGCACCGCAUCCGAGAGGACGUUCCAGUCGGAUUCCGACUCGGAAGAUACACAACAAGCGACAAGGACGCCGACGAUUCGGCCAGGUAGGAGGGGGCUCUUCUCCGCGGCUCUUCCCAUCUGGGUGACACUUUUGGGGGUAUGGGUGGCGUUGGUGUGUGGCGCCGAGGCGUCGAAUGACCUGUCUCUUCCGUUCGGCUUGGAGCCGACGAUAGCCAAGUCCCGAUUCUCGUCGCUAGUUGGCGGUGUACGCGCCCGAGACAUCCAUGUUUUUGUCAUGAAGAAUAUCAGCGAGGACACGCCGGUCGGAACCGUUCUUGAAACUUUCAAGGCUCACGAUCCGAGCAAUCCGGCCUUCAACUUUUCGUAAGUUUUUAUCUCUUUUUCUCUUUUCCUCUUCUCCCUCUUCACACAUUAAUGAUUCAUUACGGAGAUAGUAGCGCAAGAAGAAUCCUCGGAAUUCUGAAAAACAUCAAUUAUCUCUUCAUGCAAUGCAAUGCUUCCGCAUUUCGUCGUUUAUUCCAUUUCGAUUCCAAAUUAUACAUGGCUAUAUGCCUAUGUCAUUUCGGAUUUUUGUCAAAAGUCACUAUCUGCUGGAAACGAUCUUCUCUCUCUCGCCUUUUCCCCCAUCAUUUUCGCGCAUAACCACAUCUAGACACACAUAUAUGUAGGCAGUAAUAGUGGUGUGACCUCGUCUCUCUCCUUUUGCCCACCUACAUCGGUGUGUGGGGGUUGUUUGGCCUUCCGGGGUCCCCCUUCCACAAGGUAGUCAAGUAGUUGGUGUCUCCCUUUUAGCGGGUGGUGGCCUUCAGAAUCCAGCUUUUUCCACGAUGGAUGACGCCAAACGGAAUUGAAAUCCAUUUGCCCGCUUUAUUCCACUAGAAAGAAACCGUUACUUUUCCACCUGAAGAAGACAGGUGUGGCAGCUGGGCGCAGUCGGUUUCAACGCGCUUUUUGUUGAGGGAAAAGUGAAAAUGUUCUUGGAUUUGUUUAGGGGGCGAAAUGGAUAUGAACACCUGGUUUCGAUGCUCUCAAAACUAGCGAGAGACAAAUAGAUAGACUUAUUCUUCUUAUUCUUCUUCUUCCUUUCUCCAUAUUUGCACAGUUUUUGUCACAUUUGAGUGAGCGAGGUCACUCAGCUCUCAUAGUGAAGCUCCCCCGAGAGUGUGAGGAAGUGUCGAGAGUGUGCUCCAAUUCGAUAGGUGUUAAUGGGGGAAGGAUAGAGAUAUUGCACAAUCGGUUCACUUUCCUGACCCAUAGGGCUCACAGCAGGAGGUCUCUGAGAAUACGAAACAGAAGAAGAAGAAGGGAUUUGGCUGGCUGGUUGGUUGAGAAGGUCGAUUGUAUAUAAAUGUUGGUUGUGACCUCAAAAGGGGAACAUUCCGGUGUAAACACGGCUUGAUUAGCUGUCUAUUCACUUUCUCAAUCACCAGACGAAGGAGCUUUGGGCAAAAGAUAAUUAGCACAUAUGUGAGCGUGUAUCCAUAUGGGUGAGAGCCGGUUUCGAACAUGAUAAUUACACGCCGCUCCCUGCCUUCCCUGUGUGCAUGACAUUCGGCGGGACGGACGCGGCCGGAAAGAAAUCAAGUGUUUUUAUGGUGAACAACAUGCCGAACAGUCAGGAAGUACUUGACGGCAUACGGUGGAUUAUCUAGUAUGUUUCUGUUGCGCCUCUUCUUCUUCUCAUCUUCGAACAACAAUAAUGAAAGCGAUGGCGGGCCGAUUGAGAGUGUAAAGUUGAUGUUUCUUGUUGCGUUCGGGUUUGAAUCAGCGCUCCUCUCAAUUGUUUACACGAAGUGUGCGAGCAUUUAUAUAGACACGAUGACUUAUUGUCUUGACUGGUGGCGCUCCCCCAAUAGAAGUUGACCCUCCAACAGAGGGGUUUUCUUGUAACGGACACUGUCGUUUUCUUCCUCCGAUCGGGUCGCACAUGCAUCAUUUGGCCGACCCGCCGCCAUGAUAAUUCCUGUUUGCUCAACGACGUGAGCCAUAGAUUAUAGUGAUAAUAAUAGGGAGAGAGGGUGGGCUGUUUGUGUAUUUGAAUUUUGAAUCACUUGGAAGGAAUUUGGAAAAAUUUCAACAGACGUUCCCUCGUCUCGUCCGUCGGUCUAUUUUUGGAUUAAACAUUGCGCAGAUGAUGGACACACUAGCAGCCACACACGAAAAUAGGGGUCCUAGAGGGUAAUUAGGUAGGAUGUGAGUGCCUUUCCCUCCCUAUUUCUACUCCUUAUAACGGAAACAAGUGUAAUGGAGUGAAUCCAGCGACGAAGAUGUGUAGUGGCACAUGUCCCGUCUAACUAACUGAAUUGGUCUUCUUCUCCGUCUACACUUCAUCUGAAGAAGCACCGGGAAUGGUCAGUGUUAUUGCAUGGGUAAUGAGAGUUUGUGGCGAGGAGGAAAGAGUAAUUACGCAAGUGUACACCAACAGCCACCUAGGUGUGUACAUGUAAAAUGAUACUUUGGACAUCCAAUCAUGGAAAGAGACAUGAGCGCACACGCUUGACCGGUAACCACUUGAAAAUGGCCUCCUGUCGUCACCUCUUUGGGGAAUCAAAGAGCAUCACACAUUCGGAAAAAGGGAAUCAUUGAAAGAGUGAACAUGUUUCAGAUUCCGUAUCAAUCGCCAAUCCGACCCGAAACGUCAGUUCACCAUCGAUCAGGAUGGUACCCUGCGAGUGGCGCACACGCUGGAUCGAGAGGAUAUCGCCGUCUAUAACCUGAUUAUAGAAGCCUAUGAUAAUUGUAAGCAUCUGUGAAUGCCACAGCUCUUCUUAGACAUUUUUCUGCAUUACAGCCAACAACAUCGGACGUCAGAUGGUGGCUGUCUACCUUCAAGACGUGAACGACAACGGGCCAGAGCCGUACACAGUGCCGAGACCAUGUAUUUUCCGCGAAAAUACACCUGUCAAUCAGCUGGGCACGUGCGAAAUCCGAGCCACCGACCGUGAUACUGCGUAUGUGUCUUACGCUUCUGUUUCAUUUAUAAAUAAUUAAUUUUCAGUGAGUUCGGACCGCCGUUCACGAUGGAGCUCUCGCCAAACUUCAAAUUCGGACAAUAUCUGAGCGUUGUGUUCAAUCCGAACGGCGACGGCGGAAAUGGUUCAAUGACGAUCACCCCUCUCCAAGAAUUCGAUCGUGAGGCUCCGGUGCCCGGAAAGAUUCUCGAGAUUCCGUUGGUGUUGGCCGAUCGUGCUGGAAGACGGAACGAAGCAUCGGUGCACGUUAUUAUCGGCGACUUGGUAAGUGAGACAGACGAAAGAACGAACGGACGAACGCAUCUGGGUUAACGAUGGUCGUAUAAUUUCGUUCGGCGGUGUCGCUCGUCGUCUUCAUUCUUCUUUUUCCUCUUCUUUUCUUCUUCUUCUUCCGUCGGCACCACUGACAGGGGUCAAGCAGAACAAGAAAAAGGAGACAGCGUGCGCUCGCUCGCUCUGAUGACCGUAAUCCGAUGACGCAUUAGAAGGGAAAAGAGCGCGGGGAGGGCAUUUUCCUUUUUUGAUGGGUGCCGCUAAUUUGUUACUGUGUGGUUGUGUGAAUGGUGUAAUUGUGCAAAUAGAGAGCGACGGAAUGUCGAUGAGAAAAUUGAAGGGAUAUUUACCUUUUCGGGCGAUUUUUUAGGGCUGCUUAGCUGAUUUUAGUAGUUUGUAUCCCAAGCAGCGUCAAGGUUCCACUUGACAGAACCAAGCUCUGGCGCUGCUUAGUCAAGUUUUGUAGUUUGCCGUCUAAGCAGUGCCGAAAUAUUAAUUCUUCCGUAAUGUCCCGGGUCUGCACGCCAAGAUUAAAAUUUUACGCUGCAAAACAACCAAAUUUCCAUACCAAAAUGGGAUGCGUUCCACUCAUAUUGACCCAGAUAAGCGUGUGUUUGCCCAUAUUUUUUGAUGAUAUUUGUUCUCCGUCGCCUUCUAUUCCUCCCACUCGGGCAGGCGCAUCCCUUUGAUCGUCGCAAUCGUUUAUAGUAAUGAAAUGUGCGAUAGGAAAGGGCAGAUGAAAGGCUAUUUGCCGCCCGCUCGUUCCCACGCAUGUUUAGGAAUGCUUUUGGUCUUGUUUCACACUCGAGAGAGCACAUCGCAUCCAAUCAACAACGGGGGAACGAACGGAAGUUGUCUGCUUCUGAAGAGGAUUCGCUAAUUGGCUAAUAGGGCGUUCUUCUGCUUCUGCCGCUCCCCCGCUGAGCGUCCGAAAGUACUUGAUUUGCAUAGAUCUCAUCACAUUUACAUACAUUGAGAGCGAAGACGUUAGUGGCUUUUUGGACAGAAGAAGGGACCACAAAUCUCGUAAAAAUGAAUGAAAGAUCAGCUGAAUGCUAAUUUUUACGUACUUGGCCCAGGGUGCUCAGAAUAACAGAGAUUAACGAGGAAACGGAGAAGACCUAUGAUAUAUUAAUGAAUGCUUGUAUUUGCAGAAUGACAACACUAUGCACGAUGGACGGAUGACAAUCCAUGUGAACUCUUACCUCGGAAGACUGAAGGAGACUGUCAUUGGACGUGUCUACGUGGAUGACGCCGAUGACUGGGACCUCGGAGACAAGACGUUCUCGUGGAAAGAAAGCCGACCUGGAUUCGAGCUCUCCGACAAGGGAGACAUCACGAUGGCCGCCGAAAUGGCAGCUGGAACCUACACAAUGUCUGCAAAUGUUCAUGAUAAUGCUCGCGACGAGGAUGCCGUCGGAUACGUGACUGUGAUCGUCAACGCAGUUCCACAAGUGGCUUUUGACAACCAGGGCUCCGUUCAGUUGCUCAUAGCAGAGGAAACUCCGCUUCAACUUCCGGACGACUUCAUUCGUGCUGAUUCGAACGGACAGUCAUUGUUGGACACUUUCAAGCAAGAGAUGGCCGCCUAUAUGGGCGGAGACGUGACUGUCGACGUCUUCUCAGUGCAGGUAAGAUUAUCGGAAGUGAUCGGGGCAAAAUAGAGAAGAUUCAGGUUGACUGGGCGAGUCGGCUCGGAAAAGUGGUAAUAGCCAUAGUGAAACCGGUAGUAAAUGUUUUCUUUCUUGUGACCUAUAUCUUUUUCCGCACUGUCACAUCACUUUUUCAAAGUCUCCAUCAUAGUCAUGAUUGGAAGGCAACCGAAAUGCACACUUUCCGUCUCUUUGCAACCCCAGCCAUCCUCCACUUCAUUUUCAGUUGAAGUAAUACAAAUUAAAAGCUUCAGGUCGGAAUUGCGACGCUCCAAACACGCGACGUGCCGGUUCUCAACGUUCGAUUCAACGCCCGCGGCUCCACCUAUCGCGAUUCUGCCCAACUAAACGGACUUAUCGCCGCUCACCGUGCCGAUCUUCAACGCAAACUCAACGUGGAUAUUGUCGGAGUUGGAAUCGACAUGUGCAAGUUCACACAGUGCGACGCCGGAUGCCAGACGCUCAACUCGGCCGACUACGACGGAAUCGUCGUCUCCGCCAACAGCACAGUCAUCGUCGGAGUAAAUGCCACUUCGCGCGACGACUGUACUUGUCCAGUGUGGAGAGCACCGCCCGCGUGCCAACAUUCGCUGUGCCACAACGACGGCGUCUGCCACAACACCAACCCCGGCUUCUUCUGCGAGUGCCGCAACGACGGACUCAAGGGAUCCAGAUGCCAGGGAACGACGAGAAGCUUCGGCGGAAACGGAUUCGCGUGGUACAAACCGAUGCCGGCGUGCACAAGUCUGAACAUUUCGUUCAGUUUUAUGACUACGUAUGUUUUAAGAAACGUUUUCCUAUAAUAUCUUUAUUUUUCAGUCAAUCCGACGCUCUUCUCUUCUACAACGGACCGCUGGAGACGCAGAGAAACGACACGCACAUCGAAUACUCCGACUACAUUUUCAUCCAACUUCGUGGCGGACGAAUUUCGCUGGAAGUGUCGAUGAACGGACAGAGUCGUAGCUCGCUCGAAGUCGCUUCGACGGCUCUCAAUGAUGGAACUUGGCACGACAUUUCGGUGAAUCAGGAGGGAAAACGCGUCGAACUCGUCGUCGACUCUUGCCGAUUCCUGGGCGCCGGCGCCGACGAUUCCACGUGUCGCGCGGAAUUGUACACUCCGGAUGACGAUGAACGGCUGAACAUUGUGACGCCAGUGCAGAUCGGAGGACUCGCUCCGCUUUCCGGACAAGACUAUCCGCCGAGUAUUCCACGUUCCGGACUCAACGGAUGCGUUCGUAAUCUAAAUGUGAACGGAGAUCAGUACGAUUUGGCCACGCCCGCAUUCGAAUCCAAUUCGGAGAAGGGCUGCCGAUUGUGGGGAUCGACGUGUGAUUCCAACUCGGUCGACUCGUUGAAUCACUGUGUUCAUGGAGAUUGCUACGCCGACGUGCAAGGAUCCGGAGCGAUGGUUGCGAAGUGUGUGUGCGAUCCAGGUUGGGGAGGAGCCAGAUGCGAACGGAAGAUGGAGUGGGUGCAGUUCGCGACGGGCGGCUACAUCGAAUACUCUCCACGCAUCGCAUUCCCGGAGCAAGUGAACGACAUUGAAAUGCUUUUCAUCUCCGGAAAAGUGAACGGUGCUGCUGAGCUCAGUUUCGGAACGGACUCGCAACAGAGUUACGUGUCGACUAGCCUCGAAUCCGGACAGAACGGAGUUACUGCUGCCGCCAAAUUCGACAUCGGAACGGGCGGAAAGAGAGCGAGACAGGAGCUGCGUGUCAGUGAAGUUUUGCUCAAGGAGAACGCGAGCUACUGGCUCCAAUUCACUCGAAAUCCGACUCGCGCCAGUCUGUCUAUCGACAACGCGUACUCGGUGUCGACCCAACUCGAUAAGGGAGAACCGUUCUCGCUGCAAGUCAAUCAGAUCACUCUUGGAGCACAGGGACAGAGCAAGGGAUUCCAGGUGAGAGGAUAUGAGUACAACAGUCAAAUAUUCCGAGUAUUUUACAGGGAUGCAUCGGAACGUAUCGUUGGUCAAAACAGAAUCUGCCGCUGAGGCGUGGCGGAGCUCUUGAUGAGAACGAAGAGUCGAUUGUGAGCAUUUCGAACGAUAACGGAGUGAAGGAAGGAUGUGACUUGCGCAUCACCUGCGCUGAUCUUCCAGCCGGAUAUUGCGGAGGAUCGUUCGUUUGCGUCGACUUCUGGAAGGGACCGUUCUGCACUUGCAACGACGGAGCCAACUCGAUUCUGGGCGACGACGGACAAGUUGUGGGAUGCGGAGAGACUCUGGCAGUCUCGAAGCUCGGCAUCAGCUCUCCGGCCAUCAUUCUCAUUCUCGUCUCGCUGGCUCUUCUCAUUCUCCUUGUUAUGAUGAUGGUUGUGUACACACGACGAUCGCCUGGAGCAUUUGAGACGGUCCGUCCGGAGGAAAUGAACAGAGACAACUUACGACCGUACGCGGUGGAAGGAGGCGGCGAAGCGGACAAUGAUCAGGUAAGAUUCAGAAUCGUUUCCCUCUUCUUAUAUCUGUAAUCUAACCCACUCUUCGUUUCAGUAUUCGAUUGCCGGACUCCGAAAGCCAGUGAUGCCGCUCGACACGGGAAUGGGAGGUGGAAUGGGCGGAGUGCCGCCACUCUAUCCGCCACGUGGCAUGGGCGGACACAAGCCGGACGACGAGCUCAACUCGAAGAUCAAGGAUCUGGAGUCGGAUCAGAAUGCGGCGCCGUACGACGAACUGCGAAUCUACGACGACGAGCGGGACAACAUUUCGGUCGUCACACUGGAAAGCAUUGAAAGUGCGCAGUAG